AUGGCAAUGUUGCUGUUGCUUUUGCAGUAUUACGUGCUGUCGGGUUUUGUGUGCAACGCGAUCGCGUUUGUGGAGGAACCAUCCGGCGGUAGAGCGGACGGCUACUGCGGGAGGAUCCUACGGGCACAGACCCACGGGACCAGGCGUGAUGGGUACCAUGAGUUCCGUCUCAGAAUGGAAGGCGACCCGGAAGCCUACCAGCCGGGCAGCACCUACAGAGUGCUCCUCUUGGCGACCAGCCCUGCAUAUUUCAGAGGUUUUACCCUCAUUGCACUGAAGGAGGGCAAGGAGGGCACUAAAGAUGAUGACUACACCGGUCAGUUUCAGCUCAUUGAUGAAGACGACACACAGUUCAUGACCAACUGUCCCCCUGCAGUGACCGAGAGCACCCCUCGCAGACGCACAAGGAUUCAGGUUUUUUGGACAGCGCCACCAACUGGGAGUGGUUGUGUCAUACUCAAGGCAAGCAUUGUCCAGAAGAAAAUCAUAUAUUUCCAAGAUGAGGGCUCUCUUACCAUCCGGCUAUGUGAGAAAGAACCUGUAUUAGGAGUGGCAACAGCAGACCCUGCUUUGGAGUGUUGCGCCUGUGGAACAGCCAAAUACAGACUCACCUUUUAUGGAAACUGGUCAGAGAAAGUGCAUCCUAAAGACUAUCCCAGACGAGCUAACCACUGGUCUGCACUGAUUGGUGCUUCCCAUUCAAGAGGCUAUGUGCUCUGGGAGUAUGGAGGUUAUGCCAGUGAGGGGGUCCGACAAGUUGCUGAAUUUGGCUCUCCCAUCAAAAUGGAAGAAGAGAUUCGGCAGAAGGGUGAUGAGGUUCUGACUGUCAUUAAAACCAAAGCUCAGUGGCCAGCAUGGCAGCCCCUUAACAUGCGAGCAGCUCCAUCUGCUGAGUUCUCUGUCGACCAGACCCGCCACUUAAUGUCUUUCCUCACCAUGCUCGGGCCCAGUCCUGACUGGAAUGUGGGCCUAUCAGGAGAGGACCUAUGCACCAAGGAGUGUGGUUGGGUCCAGCGGUUGGUGACAGAUCUUAUUCCCUGGGAUGCCGGCACGGACGGUGGUAUCACAUAUGAAUCUCCAAAUAAGCCCAUGGUACCUCAAGAGAAAAUUCGACCUUUAACAAGUUUGGAUCACCCUCAGAGCCCCUUUUAUGACCCUGAAGGUGGCGCGAUUACCCCAGUGGCUAGGGUAGUGGUAGAGCGUAUCGCCAGGAAGGGUGAGCAGUGCAAUGUGGUGCCAGACAGCAUUGAUGACAUUGUAGCAGACAUUGGUCAGGAGGAAAGUGAGAAAGAUGACACCCCUGAGACAUGUAUCUACUCUGGUUGGUCUCCAUGGUCGGCUUGCAGCAGUGCAUCAUGUGAAAAAGGCAGACGGAUGAGGCAAAGGAUGCUUAAGGCUCAGCUGGACCUCAGUGUUCCGUGUCCCCACACUCAAGAUUUCCAGCCUUGCAUGGGCCCUGGAUGCAGUAUGCAGGAGCCAUCGACAUGCAUGAUGUCAGAGUGGAUAAGCUGGUCGGCCUGCAGUGUUUCCUGUGGAAUGGGAAUGAGGUCCAGAGAGCGUUAUGUUAAACAGUACCCAGAGGAUGGAUCGCUCUGCCAACUCAACACAGAGGAGAUAGAGAAGUGUGUCGUCAAUGAAGAAUGCUCAGCCAGCAGUUGCGUGGUGACAGAGUGGACUGGGUGGGAUCCCUGCACUGUGUCCUGUGGGAUGGGCAUGAAAAGGCGUGAACGCAUGGUUAAAAUGCCUCCCAUAGAUGGAUCAAUGUGUAAAACGGAGGUGGCCGAAGUUGACAAGUGCAUGAUGCCAGAAUGCCAUACCAUCCCAUGUAUGCUGUCACCAUGGUCUGACUGGAGUGAAUGUAGCGUCACCUGUGGCCGUGGCUUACGGACCCGCCAGAGGAUGCUUAAGUCGGAUCCUGCAGAGUGCAGUGAGGAGUUAGAGCAGACAGAGAAGUGUAUGCUACCAGAAUGUCCUAUUGACUGCAUGGUCUCAGAGUGGUCUGAAUGGUCAGAGUGCAACAAGUCCUGUGGUAAAGGCCACACCAUCCGAACUCGCAUGGUGAAACUGGAACCGCAGUUCGGGGGCAGCGCGUGUCCUGAGACCAUUCAGCGGAAGAAAUGCAAAAUUAGGAAGUGCCGAUCAAAGCCAAAGGAGGAGAGAGCUGAAGGCAAGAGGAGAAGAAGAGGUAAACAGGGAAGUGAUGCAUUGUUACAGGAACAGUCAGGUUGUGGAAUGCAGCCAUGGACCGGCUGGACAGACUGCACCAAAUCAUGUGGAGGGGGCAUCCAGGAGCGUUUCAUGUUGAAGAAGAAAAGGGCAAGAGGCACUCUGACGGGCAACUGCAAGGACCGCAAGGAAAUACGUGCCUGUAAUGUCAAUCCCUGCUAG